CACGUCCUAUAACGUAGGAGAGCACCAAAUUAAGAGACCACUCCACUUUGUUUGUGACGACUCCAAUUAAUUCGGUGACAUGAAGCAGAGGGCAGAGGCGAGCUCCACAUCCGAGCUGUUGGCAUGCGAUGUUGAGGCGGCGAUGAAGGAGAUCGAUCGAGGGCAUGAGCUCAUGACUCAACUCCGAGCCCUCCUCAUCCCGUUGCUUCCGGCAGGCGGCUUGACGGAGCUGGCUGGGGACCUCUUUGAGGAGAUACUGAAGUCUUCCACCAUGGCCCUCUCCAGGCUUCGCGACUGUAGCUGUGGAUUGUCGGCUUCUUCUGACUCCGAUGAUGACCGGAGAAACAAAUUAGUUGUUGAUGGGAAGAGGAAGAGUACCGAAGAGAGAGAGAGGCCAGAUGGUCGUAGGAGAAGGAAGCAACUUGACUCAUGGUCCAUUGUUACUUCUGUCCCACAUUAUGAUGGCCACCAAUGGAGGAAGUAUGGGCAGAAGACGAUUAAUAAUGCCAAAUACCCAAGGAGCUACUACAGAUGCACUAAUUCUAAAGACCAAGGGUGCCGAGCAACUAAGACCGUGCAACAGGAGGACCGCGAUUCUGAUCCCCCCAAGUUCCUUGUUACUUACUCCAUGCAGCACACCUGCAAGAACGUGGAUAUCAACUCCCCUUUCAUUGUGGAUUCCGCACCAAGAAACACUCCAAUUCUUGGCUCUGAAUCUGAAUAUUCCUUGUGCUAUCAGCCUUCUCCAUCCUCUAUUGUCACUGAGAACCAGAGCCAAGGUUACAGCCCAUUGAUCGCCGAUAAAUUGCCAACAGAUGAGCUACUUUCUGGCCUUCUUGCGCCUGCAACACCCAUUGGCACACCAGGAUUGGUAGAUGAGAUAUCGAACAUAUUUUCACCGCUGUACACUGAUUGGGAUAUGAUGAUGGAUGCAGUUGAUUUAACUGAGGUUAAAAUAUCUGAGAAGGAAAUUUCUUUUGAAUCUCCGUGGUGGUUGAGAGAGGUUUCUUAAGGACUGGACCUGUAGCUUCCGGAAGAGGGAUAUAGUGCUGACGAACCGAGGCCUCUUUUGAGCUCCAUGCCACUUGCGAAGAUGUAUAUCAUGGGCUAAAAAUGGAUGUAUGCAUAUAAUUAAGUUAUUAUUUUUUUCCCUCUCUCUCUCUCUAUCU